GCAGGAGUGACCAGAAUAAAAACAGCAACACCAGACCGAGAGAGAGGGGAAAGAGCAAAGUGAUGCGUUGAAGCAGAGUUGCUCCCCUCUUAACUACAUCAAAUAUAUUUUCCUUUUUUUCUCACACUCUCUCUCUGAUUUUUCCCUCCAAAACCCAUAGACAUUUUGUUUUUGGAGGGAAUAAAACCAGCUGAUCUGGAGUGGGGUGGUGCUUUCUGGAGCGAGAUGGCUAACAGAAACUUUCUGUUGCUCGUCUGUGGACUCUUCUUCAUAGCUCUGAUUCAUCCCUCUCAACAAGGAGGGGUUUAUGUGCCACCUGUUACAGGGGUAGGACCAGGGGCUGCGGGACCUGGAACUGGAUUCCUUCCAGGGUCCACUGGAGGCGUCCCAGCAGGCUACAAACCCGCCAAAACUCCAGCUGCUGCAUAUUAUGGCGGUGGGUACCUACCAAGACCAGAUGGAUUGGUACCUGGAACUGACUGGAGAGGUGAUUUCGUACCUGGAGUUGGCGCGACGGGUGGUUUCGUACCUGGAGGUGCCGGCACGGGAGGAGUCAGGCCAGGUGGCUUCGGAACUGGUGUCGUAGGAACAGGUCAAGGAGGCAAAGCGCCAAAGCCAGGUUAUGGUAACCUUGGAGCUGGUGGAGGCGGCGGACUUGGAGGCGGUUACGGGGGUUAUGGCGUGCGCCCUGCAGGACUCCCGGGACAUGCACACAAAGUUGCUAAAAGCAUAAUCGGAUCAGCAGGAGUUGGAGGACAAGGGGUCGUAGGACAAGGUGCUGGAUACGUACCCAGGGGAGCAGGGACUGGAGCUUCUCUUCCCCAGACUGGUUUUGGAGGAGGCCCUGGUGUAGGAGCAGCAAAGAAAGCAGCCAAAGUGCCAGGUGUUGGUGUGCCAGGACUUUAUCAAGGUGGAAUAGUUCCAGGGCUUGGAUUUGGAGGACGAGGAGUUCUUCCUGGCGUAGCCACGGGCACUGGACUCAGUCAGAAAUCACAAGGGGGUGGAGGACAAGGGGGUCCAGGACAAGGAGGUCGAGGUUUUAAUGGGCAGAUGCAGCCAGGAGUCUUUCAUGGAUACCCACUUAAAUCACCUAAAGUGCCUGGUGCCUAUGGAUCUAAGAUUGCUGGUGGCAAAACUCCCUUUGGCUUUGGAGGCUUUGGUCAAGGAGGAGCUGGGCUUCCCGGAGGAAAAGGUGGACCGGGCUCAAAGCCGGGAUAUCCUGUUGGGACUGGAGUUGGACCUGGAGGCAUCUCUCUUGCUCAGGCUAAAGCUGCCAAAUAUCGUUUGAGCGGUGCUGGUGGAGUAGGUAGUGUGGGAGGAGUCGGAGGAGUUGGAGGACAGGUUCCAGGAGGAGGAGUUCCGGGCGGUGUGCCUGGUGGAUAUCCGAGAACUGGAGUUCCUGGUGGCUAUUCACCAUCAGCCAAAGCUGCUAAAUACGGAGUCACUGGACUUGGAGGGGCUGGACUUGGAGGGGCUGGACUUGGAGGGGCUGGCCUUGGAGGGGCUGGCCUUGGAGGGGCUGGCCUUGGAGGUGCUGGUGCACUUGGAGGAGGAGGCCUUGGGGCUGCAGUUGGCCGUGGAGGAGCAACUUCAAAAGCGGCUAAAUAUGGCGGUGGUGGACUUGGAGGUGGCGGACUUGGAGGUGGCGGACUUGGAGGUGGCGGACUUGGAGGUGGAGGACUUGGAGGUGGUGGACUUGGAGGUGGUGGACUUGGAGGUGGCGGACUUGGAGGUGGCGGACUUGGAGGUGGCGGACUUGGAGGUGGCGGACUUGGAGGUGGCGGACUUGGUGGUGGUGGACGAGGGACCGGAGGAUACCCAUCAUCUGCUGCUGCUGCAAAAGCCGCCAAAUACGGUCCAGGAGGUGCAGCGACCAUUCCAGGUGGAGGUGGCGCAGUGUACCCCGGAAGAACGCAGUUUUUUCCUGGAUACGGAUCUUUGGCAGCAGGUGGCUAUCCAUAUGGGACAGGAAUGCAGGUUUUCGGGGGACAAAGGGUCGGUCCUGGACAGUAUGCUGGAGGUUCAAAGGCUGCUAAAUAUGGAAUCCCAGGACCCACAGGAGCCAGCAUCGGGACCACAGGAACCGCAGCAGGUGGUGGACCUGUUGCAGGUGGAGCAGUUGCUGGUGGGGCUGUCGCAGGAGGGGGUCAACAAGUCCCUGCUGGUGGACCACCUCAAGGGGGCGUGACGGGGGUAGGGCUGCCGGGGCCCGGGGCCACACCGCGUCCAUUGCCCAAUGUGCCCGGUGGUGCUGCUGUAGCGUUGCCCAGUGGCACUGGUGUUCCUGGAGAUGGAAAGCCAGCAAAGGAAGUUGGUCCUGAUGCAACCGCUGGUACAGCAACUGGACCUGCUCCUGGUGUCGCAGGUCCACAACCUGGAGUUCCAUCAGGUGACGUUGUUAAACCAGGAAAGGCUCCUAAGCCAGUGUUACCAGGUGGAAGAGUGUACCCCUAUUAUGGUGCUCCAACUGGAACUGGAGGAGGAGCAGGAAUCCCCCUUGCAGCAGGAGGUUAUCAAGGUGGCGCAUAUCCUGCUGGUGCUGGACUUGGUGGUGCUGGAGGCGCAGCGAAGGGACCCAAACCAGGCUAUGGUAACCUGGGAGCAGGCUGGGGGUAUCCACAAGGUGUAGCACCUGGCUAUGGAGGCGGUUCCCCAUGGCAGGCUUAUCCAGCAGGAUUAUUACCGCUCUGCAGACAGCCAGGUGCGGGUGGAUAUGUGCCUGCCCCACUGACACCUCAACAAGCCAAAGCAGCCAAGUACGGCCAUUUGCAGGGCUUCCUGGGCGAUAAUGUCUACAGAGGUGGAGCCGGGGCCUGCCUGGGAAAAGCCUGUGGAAGAAGGAAAUAGAGAAUCUCUUGAGCUCUGGAGUGACCUCAAGUAACCAUGGUGCUACUGCAUGAUCUAGAAUGUACAUUUUAUAAUCCCCAUCUGACAACUUGUAAAGUUUUGUUUGUCUUACUUGACUUCAGUGUCUGGUUUCAUACCAACCCACCGACAGAGAAAUUGGUAGACUUUCCAAUGUGAUUGUUUUCAAACAUGUUUAAUUCGUUCCAUCUCCUCUGAACGCACCAGAUUCUACUCCGCGUGUGUCACCGAGUGAAAUCUGUGUGUGUGCUCUAUGUGUGCGUCUGUACUGUUCUGCGUGAUGUGUAGUGUGCGACCAGCCAGUGGGACCUUUGAAUUCCUCCAGUCUCAUCCUGAAAGCACGGAAUUGACACCGAUCUAAUGCAGGAAGAGUUGUUGACAGUGAUAUCUCUGCAUGCUCUCGUGAGUCUGUGUGAAGCAGCAGAGUGGGACUCCUGCCAAACGCCGUGAGCUCAGUAGUUGCUAUGCAGUUCAGCUUCCUCAGCAUUUUUAAUUUAGCCAAAUAUCAUUUAUGAAGAGCAGGAUCUGCUCUGAGGCUCAGAACACAGAUGUUAAAUCUCUUGUAUAGUGUUUUCAGUCCUCCUCUGGCAAGCUGGUUGCCAAUGAGUGAAAGUGUCUUCCUACUUUAGUAGUUAUUGGCAUUAAUGUAACGUGUCAUUACAAGAUUAUUCCAGCUUCUUUUGCACCAUACAUCGACUCAUAGCUCUAAUGUUAUCAGUAAUGUGUGAACAUAACUAGGUAAAACAUUUAUUCACUGACAAAACUGAAACGAAAAUUCGACCUUUUGUUGAUCAUGUGGAGGCCUGCGUUGUUCUUCAUUUACUUGAGCUGCUUUUCAAAAAGCUUUAUCGACCAAAGGUCCAUGAGCGGUGUUGCUAAAUGACCCCAACUCCUCCUGUAAACCUGUACUGUAUUUUGUACUAAUUUGAUGGUGUCGCCGGCUCCACUUGGUGCUGUGUAAGAACUACAGAAGCCUUGCCGGGUCAAACUUUGUCUUAAUGUGCCGUGGGAUGCUCUUAAUCUUUAUUUAAAACUGUUUAUAUGGAGGAACAGUGUGGUUUUGCACUUUUGAUAUACUUCCAUGGCAAACAUGUGACUUGCUAUAACCUGGCAUUUUAUUUUGCUUCAUUAAAUUACUAAAUAAAAUAUGUUAAACAA